CCCUCUGAAAGGCCAUGGGCGUUGCCAACACCUACACUGUGGUGUUCGCCUGCACGUGCGGCGUGAUCCUGGGCGUGGGACUGGGGGCCAACCUGCUGGUCUUCUCCUUGUUCGCCAAGUCCAAGUCCCUGCGCAAGAACCAGCUGGACCUCCUGCUGCUCAGCAUGUCGCUCGCCGACUUCCUCACCCUGCUGCUCAUCCCCUUCACCCUGCACUCGGCCGUCAGCCACUCGUGGCCCACGGACGAGGUGUCCUGCAAGGUCUACCAGUUCCUGCUGGCCUUCGGCCUGGCGGCCAGCACCUACUCGCUGUGCGCCGUGUCGGCGGCUCGCGCCAUGAUCAUCACCAACCCCUACCGGCCUCCGGCCGCCGACCUGGUGGUGGGCAUGUUCGCGCUGGUCUGGGCCCUGAGCUUCGUCAUCAGUCUGCCCCUGCGCAUGUUCGCCACCAAGGAGAGCCUGGGCCCCGGCCUGGACGGCUUCACCUUCUGCCUGCCCACCAUCCAGGAGCACCACUACCAAGUGGUCCUGAGCCAGUUUGUGCUCCUCUACUUCAUCCCCAUGCUGGUCAUCGCCUUCAACUACGUCCGCCUGGCCCUGUUUCUCCGCAAGAGUCCGGCCAUGUCGGCGUCGGGCGCCCGCAACACGCGGCGGGCCUCGCUGAUGGUGUUCCUGGCCGCCGCCACCUUCUCGGCCUGCUGGCUGCCCGGCUACGUCCUGGAGCUCUGCGUCUACCUGGGCCUCUACCGCCACGGGGGCGCCUGGGAGAUCUUCUACUUCACCUGCACGGUCCUGCAGUACCUGCACCCGUGCGUCAACCCCGUGCUCUACGUGCUGCUGGCCAAGCGCCACCGCCGCGGGACGGCGGCCCGGCUCUUCGGACGCCACCGCAACAGAGUGCGGCCGCAGGUCACCAGUCUCUCUGCGGACAGUUUUUAGACCCGGUCUUUGGAACUUUUAUUUGCCGCUCCUUCAACCGCCGGACGCUUCGGAGGCAAGGACCUCCUUUGCCGAGUGGCUCUACCGGAUGUAAAGAGCCAAGUAGGAUUGGGAAAGUGUUUUUGCAAAAGUCUGCACACCUUAUCACCGGCGGAAGCGUGGUGUGAAUAUCGACUGCUACUUUCCAACCCUCUCACGGGUUAGCGUAGCACCCCCGUGGCAAACAGCGGUUCAGUGUCAUGCCUUUUCAAUUUAGAUGAGUGACACAACCUUUCUAAUUUUAGA